AUGACAUGUUUGUCCGGUAGCGGCUACAGUAGUUUCUCUAUGUGUUUCAAAAGCAAGAGUUUCUUGACUUUAUUGUAUUCAUACCUGAUCUCCAUUCGUUGUGCAUCUGAGGAUUCAGACUACAUCAUGAUGUUGAUCACUGCAGCUCUUAUUCUCAUUGUCUCCAGUAAUGUUGUCCUAGGAAAGGAUGACAGACUGGGUAUUAAAACAUUUAAAACAUUAUUAUUACAGGGAUAUCCAUUAAAUAUGGCAGAGGAUUCAGUUGAUGACCGGUAUGAUGGCUGUACAGAGAAGAUUGAAAAAUUGGUGGAGACAAAAUAUCUAACCGAAGAAAUCCGUGCUAACACAUCAGGCUUUGGAAAAGUUUGGGAAAACAGUACAAAUAACAUCCCUGGACCAAAAGACAAUCUGCAAAAAAAACAUUUAAUUGCCAUUUCUGUGUAUACUGGUGUUAUAGUAUACAGUAAAUUCAAUCAGGAUGUUAGGACCGAUAAACAGAAAUACAAAGACAAGACAUACAAAUGGUAUUCGCUUCAUUUUUGGUUGACACGAGCAAUACAGACUCUAAAGAAAACGCAACAGGGAUGCAAGUCAACUUUUCGUGGUACCAGUGUUACAUUUGAUGGUGCCAAGAACACAGAGAUUCGUUUUGGCCAAUUUGCGUCCUCCUCUCUUUAUCUUAAUUUAACAACUAAUUUUGGAAAUGAAUCUUGUUUUGAAAUCAAAACUUGUCACGGUGUUGAUGUGUCAAAAUACUCCCAGUUUCCUAAUCAGAAAGAGGUGCUGAUUCCCCUGUAUGAGACAUUUAAUGUUACUAAUAUCAGGACAGGUCAGAAGGGUGACUGGUGUAAGACUGUGUUUGAGUUGAAUAGCACUGGUAUAAAAAGUAACUUAAACUGUGCAGUGGCAUCAGUCAAGCCCAAGAAAUAUCACAAUGUAAUUAUCUCUGACUGAUCAGCCUUUACAAUUUUUCAUUUCAAUUUAAGCAUGGCUUUUAUAUAAAGGUUAAGGAUUCCAGCUUUAAGUAGUUUA